UGUAUUGGAGCAAUUUUUUUAUAGAACUAAAUUUGCAAAGAAAUUGCAAAAAAAUUUAAAAGAAAAUAACAGACCUUUAAUCGGACAGUCUAUGUAUGGACCAUGGACAUACGGAAACCAAGUUUUAGGAAAUCAACUCAUAAAAUUUAACGAUUAAUACGAAUUCCGAUUGAUACGCUGUUUGUAUCCACAACAAAAUGGCUGUUGAAAAUUUUGUGGAGGAAAUAAGCGACAUUUAUAACAUAGAUAAAAAUGAAGUUUAUGAACUAUUCCGCGAACUUGAUGAAAAUGGUGAUGGCCGUAUUGAUAUACACGAGCUAUCUAAGGGAUUAAAGAGACUUGGUGUCCUUUAUGUUCCAGAACAUGCUCAGAAAAUAAUUGACAGUGGCGAUGUUUCAAACGACAAUCAAUUGUCGCUUGAGGAAUUCUUGAACUACUAUCAAGAACACGAACAUAAAUUGUGGUUGAUAUUUAAAAGUAUUGACUCAAAUAAUUCUGGUACUGUUUCACGAGAUGAGUUAGAAAAUGCUCUACGUAAAUUAGGUGUUAACGUUGAAAGCAAACAAGUUAAUGUUCUCUUUAACAAAAUGGAUGCUAAUGGCUCCUUGCAAAUUGAUUGGAACCAAUGGAAAAAGUUUCACUUUUUGAACCCAGAUACAAAGGAUAUAAAAGAUAUGGUUAAGUUCUGGAGACAUUCAGGUUUUAUUGAUAUGGGUGAUGAUAUGCUCGUUCCUAUUGAUUUUACUGAUGAAGAAAAACGAACAGGAAUGUGGUGGAAGCAACUACUUGCUGGAGGUGUUGCUGGAGUCGUUUCACGGACAUUCACUGCGCCUUUAGACAGGCUAAAGGUUUUGCUACAGAUUCAGUCUGGAAACAAAACAUGGUCCAUUUCACGUGGUUUCUCAAAAAUGUAUACUGAGGGUGGACUGAAAUCUUUGUGGCGUGGGAAUCUGGUUAAUUGUGUUAAAAUUGCUCCAGAAUCUUCUAUUAAAUUUUUUGCCUAUGAACGUAUUAAAAAGUUAUUUACAAAUAGUAACUACCAACUUGGUAUUCAAGAAAGAUUCUUGGCUGGUUCUUUGGCUGGUAUAUGUUCACAGUUCUCCAUUUACCCCAUGGAGGUCAUGAAAACUCGAUUAGCAAUUUCUAAGACCGGUCAAUACAAUGGUUUUUUUGAUUGUGCUGGGCAGAUAUAUCGACAAAAUGGUAUCAAAGGUUUUUACAAAGGUUUAGUGCCUGGUUUGAUAGGAGUUAUACCAUAUGCUGGAAUUGACUUAUGUGUUUAUGAAACCUUAAAGUCGAACUGGUCCAACAAACACAAAAAUGAAAAUAAUCCAGGUGUUGGUGUUAUGCUACUCUGUGGAGCUAUUUCGUGCACAUGUGGCAUGUGUGCAAGUUAUCCAUUGUCACUUGUGCGUACAAAGUUACAAGCUCAGUCUAAUGAUCCACAUUUUGAAGGUCAUCGCGCAAAAGGUACGAUGGACAUGUUUCGAUUGAUCAUUUCAGAAAAUGGUGUUGCAGGUUUAUAUCGUGGCAUUUUUCCUAAUUUUUUAAAAGUAGCUCCUGCAGUAAGCGUUAGCUAUGUGGUAUAUGAAUUAACAAAGAGGGCUCUUGGCAUGGUGUAAUUAGUAUUAAAUUUUGUUGUAUAUUUUGCGAAUCAAAGCGAAGACACUUUAAAUCGAUAGAGCACAAAAAAGUAAACUUAUCAAUAAAACAUGCUAACAUUUUAAAGAUUCAGAAAUUCAUUUUGCUUCUUUGACCUUUGUUAUAACGAGUUCAUGCUUGAAAUAACUUUACGUUGGCGAGUUAUAAAUUUUGUAACAUUAGAUCAUUGUCUAAUAUCUAGUGAAUUUUCAAUGUUUUUACAGUUGUAUUGUAAAAAAUAUUUUUUAUAGUUUUUAGAAAUUAAUGUAUUUAUCAGGGUUUUUUUAGUCAGACAUUAAAGAUAGCUAAUGUUA